GGAUAAGAUUUCAACAGACCUCGAAUGCCAUCUCAAAUGGAACACGCCAUGGAAACCAUCAUGUUUACAUUUCACAAAUAUGCAGGGGAUAAAGGCUACUUAGUAAAGGAAGGCCGGAGAGUACUCAUGGAUAAGGAGUUCCCUGGAUUUUUAGAUCUUCUGGCUAUGGACAAAAUAAUGAAGGACCUGGAUCAGUGCAGAGAUGGAAAAGUGGGCUUCCAGAGCUUCUUUUCACUAAUAGCAGGCCUCACCAUUGCAUGCCAUGACUGUUUCGUAGUACACAUGAAGCAGAAGAGAAGGAAGUAGAUAGAAUCCAGCAAUUAUUUUUGCCCACUGCGUAAGAGUUCUCCUGAAGGGUCAUUUAAGAGAUCCACCCACAAACGAUAUUAUGACAGAUGAGGACCCUUAGGAAAAGUGCAAAUAGCAUCCAACUCCCAUUUGACAAGCAGAGAAAAGAAAGUUAAUUAAAUGCCAAGUAAUCUUUCAUUUUUAUAUUGUUUGCAUCCUCUUGCCCCUAACAAUAAAGUCUUUUUUUA